AUGAGAUAUGGGAUUGUACUUGACCCAUCAAAAUUGACUUCAAAGUUAACCUAUUUUGAUUUGAGCUCAUCCCAUCUGAUAUCACCGGAUUAUUUGUCAGCCUAUAAGAAAAAAUCUCACUUAGUUAUUCGUAUGCUGGAGUUGCGAUUGGGACAACCCGUAUUGCUUCAAGUUCUUAACAAGCUGCUUGUACUUGCUCGACUUUCGACUAAAUCAAUCCUCUCUUCUACAGAUCGAAAUCAGAGUCUGUCGGUCGGAUUAGAUGGAUGUGGGAGAAACGAAGGUGAUUCUGUUUCGGUAACUUCAAAUACUCAACCUCAACAAAAUCCUACAGUUCCUCCCUGUAUGUCAGAUGAACAUAGAGCCAAUAUUCUACUAUCUACAACUUCAUUUCGGAGGAUUAUUUCUAUGGUUACAGGUCAAGAUAUUCGAAAUUUCUUAAAUCAGUGGGCUUGCCAUGCUGGUCAUGUCAGGAUGUUUGCCAAGUUUCAUUUCAACCGUAAACGGAAUGUUGUAGAAUUAGAAUUAAAACAGGAUCUACAAUCCAGAGGGACUCUGAAUUAUACUGGACCAAUUACAGUUAUGCUCCAAGAAUUGGAUGGAGCGUUUAUACAUACUUUCAAAUUAGAAGAAGGCCGUAUGUCUCGUGAUUUACCAUGUCAUUCCAAAAGUCGAAAACAUCGUAAAAAGAAAAUUUCGUUAGCCAAUGGCGAUGAAGUUGAUAUGGAUUUAGCUCGUAUUGAUCCAGAAUCACCUUUACUCUGGCUUCGAAUAGAUCCAGACUUAGCUAUUAUACAUGAUAUUCACGUUGAUCAACCAGAUUUUAUGUGGCAUCUUAUGUUAGCUCAUGAUAGGGAUUGUCUCGGUCAACUGGAAGCAGUAAAUGCUCUCAAAGAUUUUGCUUCUCCUGAAACGCGUCAUGUUUUAAGUAAUAUUAUUUAA